CAUCCCCCCAUUUACUAUAUGUAGGAACUUGUAAAUCCCGACACCUCUCGGGGAAGUCAUGGCAUUUGAUCAGAUCAGGCUCACGCAUCGAUUUUCAGAUAGUGACCAGCUUUAUUCUGUUGCGGUCCUUUGCCUUGACGCCAGGAACAUCGGUAGUUUAAAUACUCGGGGCACCUCCGCUGAGAACUCAUACAAUCACCCUACGGUAGUCUUCACUCCUUAUAGACAGUCAGAAUGUCUUCUGCUUUAACUACUUUCGUCUUCGUCCCGGGAGCCUUUUGCCCAGGUUCCUACUAUCACAAAGUCAUCGCAAAGCUUGAGGCACUUGGGUACGAAGCUGUCGCUUUAGACCUCCCCUCAGUCGGUCCAAAGCCUGAAUCCAAACCAGCAACCGGAUAUGAAGACGCUAGCUAUGUGAACUCCAAGGUUACCGAACUCCUCAACCAAGGCAAGAAUGUCGUCCUCGGUGCAAACUCAUACGGCGGUUUCGUAGUUACCGAAGCAUCCAAAGGCUUGAGCAAGGCAGAAAGAGAAGCUGCGGGCAAACCAGGUGCUUUGAUACAUCUUGUUCUGAUGGGGUCUUUCCUUACGCCAGUGGGGAAGACUGUCAAGGAUAUGCUUACGGGUCAUAUCCCCCUCGAUUUCGAAAGCGAGGUGGAAUAUAUCGACUCGGGCCCUGCUGAAAUUGCCGGCUAUGCCUUCUUUGGGAGUCUUCCUCAGGAAGACCAGAUGAUUUAUGGGGGCCAGACCAAACCCCAUAGUGCCGCGAGUUUUAGAGACCCUCUCACCCAUGCUGGGUACGAACAUAUCCCGACAACGGUGGUGAUUGGAGAGCUAGAUCGGGCUUACUCUCCAAAGGUGCAGCAUGAGAAUGUGGAUGCGGUUAUUGCAAAAGGUGUAGGCCAGGUCAAGAAGGUCGUACUUCCGGUGGAUCAUAUCCCGAUGUUGGCUCACCCAGACGAGAUUGUCAGUGUCUUGCUAGGGGCAGCCACAUGAGCUGAACGAACAAAAUCGGCCUAUCGGCUCUGAAAACUGGACAAAUAAAGGAGAAGAUGGGUCAACACUUUAAGCGACAAGUUGUAUAUUUGUGGCAUUGGAGUAACAAAUGCAAAAGGACAAACUACUGCGUAAGGGAAGCAAGACGGAGACGAUAGCAAGCGGUUCGAAGACACUCCCUACCUAUAGAUGCAUCAAAAUAUUUAUAUCAAG